UCAAGGCUACAAUUGAGAUUUUACAUGAGAUGGUUAAGUAAAACUCUCUUAAUUAUGUCCUCUUCCUUCCCAAAUUAGCUAACUCAAAGUGUGGAUUUGAAAUCGUAAUGAACAUUAGCCACAAAUUGAAAAGCAAAAUGUUCGAGAAGCUCUCCAAGUUUCUCCAAUUUUGGAUGAAUCCCUCUAAAUAUGUACCUCAACGGCUCUUGCAUAGUGGACUAUAAAAUCAAAUCCUUCUACCAUUCUAAUCAAUAGCACCCAAAAACAUACAAAACCUCAAAACCAAAUAUCCAAAAAAAAAAAUGGCAGGAAAAACAACAUGCAUGGGCGUCGAUGCAGCUCUAACCAUGACAUUAAUUCUUCUCACUGCCACCAUAGCCAUGGCGGAUGAUGAUACACCGGUACCAGCCGACCAAUCCCAAGUCAACACGUGGUUCAAUAACAAUGUGAAGCCGUACACAGAACGGCAGGGCACGCUUGACCCUGCGCUUGCAACGGCUGAGGCUGGUCAAACCGUCAUCAAGGUCAUGAAAGAUGGAAGUGGACAAUUCAAGACUAUUACUGAUGCCAUUAACAGCAUUCCGGCCGACAACACCAAACGUGUCAUUGUGUACAUUGGAGAGGGAGAGUACGAAGAGAAAAUCACAAUUCCACGGAAUAAACCAUUUGUUACAUUUUAUGGCUCUCCAACCAAUAUGCCAACUUUGACCUUUACUGGCACAGCCCAAAAGUAUGGAACUGUGAAUAGUGCUACAGUGAUUGUUGAAUCUGACUACUUCAUGGCAGCUAAUGUUAUUAUUAAGAACUCUUCACCAAGGCCAGAUGGGAAAGCAGUGGGAGCGCAGGCAGUGGCAUUGAGGGUGUCGGGGAACAAGUCAGCCUUGUACAAUUGCAAGCUUAUUGGUUUCCAGGACACCCUUUGUGAUGAUAAGGGCAAUCAUUUUUUCAAGGACUGCUUUAUUGAAGGCACUGUGGAUUUCAUCUGGGGAAGUGGAAAGUCUCUCUAUUUGAACAAUGAGUUACAUGUGGUGGGGGAUAAUGGAUUAACAGUGAUAACAGCACAAGCAAGGGACUCAGCUUCAGAUGAUACUGGAUACUCAUUUGCCCACUGCAACAUAACUGGGACUGGAAAUGGCACAUAUUUGGGCAGGGCUUGGAGGAUCAGUCCCAUGGUGGUCUUUGCCUACACCAGCAUGUCUAAGGUCAUCAACCCCGCCGGUUGGAGCAACGAUAACCACCCUGAACGUGACAACACUGUGUUCUAUGGAGAAUACAAGUGUUCGGGUCCAGGUUCAAGUGUGGCUGGGAGAGUAAAAUACAUCAAACAUAUGACGGACGAACAAAUCAAACCUUUCCUGAGCCUUGACUAUAUUCAGGGUUCCAAAUGGCUGCUUCCUCCUCCAAAUCCCAAAGUGUAGAUAUUGGAUAUAAUUUUCUUAAUGAGUUCCACAAUGUUGUAAUUAAAAUUCAAUUUUGAAAAUUUUGGGAUGGAAAAGCGUGUUUGUUGCCAAUGUUUUGGUGCUAACAGAAUAAAUUGUAAUUUAUUGAUUUGUUAUGGAUCAAAUAAACAGGUCUGAGAUUUUGGGGCUGAGAAACUGUAUAUCUCAGGAUUUUAUCAA